GACAUCGUCGAAUUGUCCUGAAAUGGGAGAGCAACAGAAGCUCGAGGUGCAGUUCGAAGCUUCGUCCAGAUGGGGCAAUCUCGAGACCAUUAUGCGAACAAGACUAGUGUAUUAACUUCUAGGGGUUUUACUUACAGUUUAAGUACGUUUUGUCUUUGUUUCUGAUCCGAACGAGUUAAUUAUUUGAAGAUUUUGUCCGCAAACUAUUCAGUCUUGCAAAGACGAGUCUAUAAUAACAAAGGAACCGAAAAUCUUAGUUGGGGUCUUGAAUCUUUUUUUAGUAUCCUACAAACUGGCAAUGGAAGAUUCGGACACCAGAGCAAUUCUUCCCGAAGAUACUCUAUCGUCUGUAGACGACGAAAUACGGAUAAAUGACACAUUUUGUAAUAACGAGGAGGUUGAGAAUAAGGGACACAUUUGCUAUACACGGCCGCCGUUCGCUUGCCCGCUUUCGGUUUCUGUUGAACCCGUAUUGUUCUUAUCGAUGUUCUCGCUGUCACUUCAGUGGCCGCUGUCUACGCAGUACCUAUGGGACCGCAUCAGUGAAGACGUAGGUUACAACGGAACAAAAGGAGGGGGAUGUGCCAACACUUCUGGGCCCCCAGACCCACUUCAAAAGGAGGUAGAGACCCUGACAGCCCACUGGAACCUGUACAUCAACUUGGGAGGAUUUGCAGUGGGGCUGUUUGUGGUGACUCUGCUUGGCUCCUGGAGUGACCAGGGGGGCCGGCGGCCCGUGCUCAUCCUGCCCAGCCUGGGUCUGGCCCUGCAGGCUGGGGUCUACCUGCUGGUCAUGUACCUCAAGCUGCCUGUGGCCUGGUUCCUCCUGGGCAGGCUGCUCUCGGGCCUCUCAGGCGACUUCAACACCAUCCUGGCAGGCUGCUUUGCCUAUGUGGCUGACACCAGCGACAGGGGCUCCCGGACCUUCAGGGUGGCAGUGCUGGAGGCCUGUCUGGGACUGGCUGGCAUGCUGGCCAGUAUCAUAGGGGGGCAGUGGCGUCGGGCACAAGGGUACAUUAACCCAUUCUGGCUGGUGCUGGCCACUAACCUGGCUGCUGCCCUCUAUGCCUACCUGUUUGUACCCGAGUCCGUCACCCCUGACCCCAGUGCCAAACUCUUUACCACCCGUCACCACCGCGCCGUCUACCGCCUCUACUCUGCACUAGGCGACCCCACCGAGGCCGGCAGUUACACAAAAUGGAGGAGGUACAAACUGUGGCUCUACAUCUUCUGCUUCUUCCUGGUGGUGACGGUCCACUUUGGCAGCCGCGAGCUGUUUGUUCUAUAUGAGCUGAGCUCUCCGCUAUGCUGGGGCCCAGGGCUGAUUGGCUGGGGGUCUGCAGCUCAGAACCUGGCCUACCUCAGCAGCCUUCUGGGGUUGAGGACCUUGCAGCGAUGCCUAGAGGACUCCUGGGUGUCUCUGGUGGGACUGGCCUCAAACAUGACCGGCCUGGUGGUCAUCUCACUGGCCAACACUACUGAACUCAUGUUCACAGGCUAUGGGCUGUGCUUCCUCUACAUGGCAGCCACUCCAGUCCUCAGGGCCAAGCUGUCCAAGCUGGUGGGGCCUGAAGAACAGGGUGCGUUGUUUGCGUCAGUGGCCUGUGUGGAGGGGCUGUGUUCCCUGGUGGCCAGCAGCCUCUUUAACUCUCUCUACCCAGCCACCCUGCACAUCAUGAAGGGAUUCCCCUUCCUGUUCGGAGCCCUCCUCCUCCUCAUCCCCACAGGGGUCAUUGGGAUAGUUGAGUGUCGGGAUCAGAGGACAGACAGAAGAGAGGACUCUGCAACAUCCUGACUGACAGACAGACGGGUAGUAGAUACAUUUUCCUCACAUCACAGCCUCUGCUGCCCUACAUACACCUUUUUACCAGUGUGCUGGAGAGGUAGCUGACUGUCAUUAGACCACACAGAGUUUGGAUUCCGUGGCUUCAACACCAAAAGACCAAGAAGCUGGAAUUUAAUUUUACCUUUAUUUAACCAGGCAAGUCAGUUAAGAACAAAUUCUUAUUUUCAAUGAUGGUCUAGGAAUAGUGGGUUAACUGCCUGUUCAGGGGCAGAACAACAGAUUAGUACCUUGUCAGCUCGGGGGUUUGAACUUGCAACCUUCCGGUUCCUAGUCCAACUCUCUAACCCCUAGGCUACCCUGCCACCUCAGCCAACCCACCAUAUCAGACAUCACUGUGCACUACGUCAUCUGAGACUAGAAGAGAAAGAGGUCUGAGUUCUCUGUUGUAUUUUAAACUGAAAACCUAAUGUGAGCUGACAUACAAUUGUGGUCAAAUAAUACCCACAGUACUAUAUCAAACUAUCCAAGGGCAGGCAGAAAAUACAUGACUCAGAAAAUAUGAAAUUCAAUAACAGUGCAUCUCAAUGUCACCAUAGCAUGCGAGCAGCAGAUAGAUCGACUUUAGCCCAACUUGUCCAGACUCAACCAUUAGUAUCUCUGAACAAACCGAGACCCAUCCGCUUCUAACAGCAGUCAGGGAGUACUGAGUUACACUGCUUACAGUUUACUGUCAUCCCUCCAUUCAACCCAGUCUAACCCCUUAAGUGCCCUAACACAGCAACCCUGUCACCCCUCCAUACUAUACAAUAGAUAGGCAAGUAAGUGUGUAUGUGUGCCAGUGUGCCAAUAGAUGGCCUAGUCUAAACUCCCUGCUCCCUAAAGUGUUCUCACAUAGCAACACAUGAUAACCCCCCAGCACAAGGCCACAGCUAGCUCACACACACCACACACACUGUCCUGGGUUCAACCCUGAGUAGCACAGGGGGCAACCAGAUAUCUUAUAACACAUUUAAAAGGAUGCAACAGAAACUGAGGGGUUGCGGUCAGGGGGAGAGUUGAAGCAUUACUGUCACUCAGUAUUUGGGUGAUAUAUUUUGAUUUGCUGUUAAGUAAGGUCUGUGAUAUGCCUACUGGCUUUCUGUCUUCUGAAAUCAUGUAACCAAUGUGUUCAAUGCACUGACUGGAAGUUGCUAUGGAUAAGAGUUUCUGCUCCGUAUUGUGAAUUGAUUUUAAUGUCUACACCGUACAGUAUUACUGAUUUUUAAAUACUGUGAAUGAUAUUUAUCAUCUUUAGAAAAUGGUACGAAUGAAUGAUUGAAUCAUGCCAAUGAUAUAUUUGACACUUAAAGUUAAGUGGCUUCUUAUGAAAUAUUAUUGCCUCAUAAAACAUUUAUAGCAUCUUGUAGAUGCUGAUGUGGAAAGCCAAUUAUAUAUUUGAUAACAUUUAACUGGCUUCUUAUGAAAUGUUAUUGCCUUAUAAAACAUUUAUAGCACCUUGUAGAUGCAGAAGUGGAACAUAUGAAACUCUACUACAAUAAAGCAAGCCACAAAAGGUCAUGGUAUAUGAUGAGUGUUUCACAACUAGGGGCCUUCUGCCUCAUGCCUUACUGAUUUAGUAUACCAUUUCAUAAUACCAUUGAAUCCAUUAGCUGCUAUGAAUAUGUUAAUAAUAAUAAGGCAAUAUAACGCUUCAUAAGAAUCCAUUUCAAGUACAGUGUUUUUUAAUGCACAGAAAGAUUCACAGAUUUACUGUAUCCUUUUUAUUGUGGCACUAUAUUGUAAAAUGACAACAAUGCCUAAAUCUUGAAGUCCAA